AUGUCGUUCCAGAACCGCACACCCGAGUCGCUCGUACAAAGAUCGGACUCGAAGAACCCGGCAACCACUUGUAGAGGUAUCACUUCUGGUGGAAAGCCAUGUAGACGAUCACUUGCUUCCUCACCAAAGGCAUCACCUAAAUCGUCUCCGACGGCUGCCCGUCACUCCGCCUCAAGAGGCGUGGUUGCUGUUCUUGAAGAUGAUCAAGGAAAUCUGGACGCGGCUGCUUUCUACUGCUGGCAACACAAAGCUCAGGCCCAAUCAUUUACUAAAGACAACACCACCUCGCCACAAGCUGCAAACCCGAAAUUGAUUCCAGUCCAGGAAAGAACAAGCAUCGACAGUCUUGUUGCCAGACUAGGAGUUGCGUCAAUUCAAGAUCAACCAAAGCCCCCGAGAAAUCCUCGUGAGGAAAGAAGACGACCGACACAACAUGCACAGCAACAAUACUCGAGGACGGACGAAAGACCGUCAGCAAGACCUCAGGCUCACAAAAAGCCCAAGCCGAAGCAGGGAUUCUGGGCAUCGUUAUGCUGUGCAGGCACUGCAGACGACGACGAGGACGCUCCACAACCCAGCUACCAGCCUCGACCACAAAAACCUCAACCAGAGACAACACAACUCCUCCCAUACAUUCCAGGCCACCUCCCACCGCAAACAACCUCUCUCCUCCUAACCGAACUCUCAAAGCCCAUCUCGCCACACGACGAGGCCGGCUACAUAUACAUUUUCUGGCUAACAGAAACCUCCUCCACCCCCUCCAACGACACAGCCGCCUCAUUACUCGCACCUCCCAGACCAACAUCCAGACGUCCCAGCGAUGUAAUGAACGCCUACUCUGGCAACACCGGCACCACAAAAACCAUCAAACUCAAAAUCGGCAGAGCGAACAACGUCCACCGCCGCAUGAACGAAUGGAACCGCCAAUGCGGCUAUUCCCUCAGUCUCGUCCGCUUCUACCCCUACAUUUCCUCUUCCUCCUCUCCCUCUGCUUCCCCUUCCCGCCCAACACCAAAUAGCAGGACACCCUCCGACAAUCAAGUCCACAAAGUCCCCCACGCCCACCGUGUAGAAAGACUAGUACACUUGGAAUUAGGAGAUAAGAGGAUAAAAAGAGAUUGCAAAGCUUGCGGGAGGGAACACAAAGAGUGGUUUGAGAUUGAGGCGACGGCGGAUGGGGUGAGUAAGGUUGAUGAGGUUGUUAGGAGGUGGGUUAGGUGGGCCGAGGAGAAUCCUUAG